AUGACUGCACCUAGCUUUAAAGUUAUUGUCGUUGGUGCCGGCCCAGCAGGCCUCCUGCUAGCCCUUCUUCUCUCGCAGCAUGGUAUGUCCGUAACAGUCCUCGAAGCAGCUGCGGAGCUCGACAGUCGACCCCGCGCAACCCAUUACGGAUCACCCGCGGUAUAUGAGCUCCAGCGCGCGGGGGUCAUGGACGAUGUGAUGGCCGAAGGCCUGACUACGCGCAAGAUAUGCUGGCGGAAGCUUGACGGGACCUAUCUUGCAGGCAUCGACAACGAUGUACUGGGCGACGACCCAGAUCGAGUCGUCUGUCUCCCCUUGAACCGUCUGGGCCAGAUCCUAGCCCGUCACCUUCAGCGCCAGCCCACUGCUGAGCUGAAGUGGAAUCACCGCGUCACCAGUCUCGCACAAGAUUCUACCAAGGCUUGGGUGAGCGUCUCAACCGCAGAAGGCGAUAUCACCAUGGAGGCAGACUACAUUGUCGGAUGUGACGGGGCGAACUCUCAAAUCCGACGAUCGCUACACGGUGAUAUGACCUUCCCAGGAAAGACCUGGGACGAACAGAUUGUCGCCACGAAUGUAUACUAUGACUUCGACCACUACGGCUACGAGGACGCCAACUUUAUCAUUGACCCUGAGCACUGGCACAUGGCCUCGCGGAUCACCAGGGAUGGGAUGUGGCGAGUUUCAUACGGGGAGAAGGCUGGGGCGACGCACGAGGAGCUUGCUGCUCGGCAGCCGAUGAAAUUUGCAAAAAUGCUGCCUGGAAAUCCCUCGCCUCAUCAAUAUAAACUUACGAACUUUAGCCCUUACCGUGUGCACCAACGAUUGGCAGUGAGCAUGAGAGAGGGGAGAUUUCUUCUUGCUGCCGAUGCAGCGCAUCUGUGUAAUCCCUUUGGUGGUCUUGGUUUAACCGGGGGCAUUGUGGAUGUGGGAGGGCUCAGCGACUGCCUCUAUGGCGUUUGGACUGGUCAAGCAAACCAGGAAAUCCUGGAUAUAUACGAUGUGAUCAGGCGCCAGAAGUACAGAGACAUCGUGGACCCUAUCUCGAGUGAAAACCUGCGACGUAUGUAUGACAGCAAUCUCGAAACUGUGCUCGAGCCGGGCAAGGAUAAGUUCCUGGAAAUGUGCGUGAAUGCUGAGAAGGACGUGGAGCUGGCGCGCGAGAUGGCAUUGGGAAUCAACGUGUUGAAGUACGAUUUUAGACAGCAUUAUACAAAUACCAAGCUCUAG